UCGUAUCCGCAUCCAAUUCUCCGGCUGGUAUCUGUUGUAUGUACUGUGUAUAUAUAUCGGUGCAAUGUGGAGUUUAUAUUAGAUGCUGAGGGUAAUCACCGAGCUGUCACGCUUGAUUGCUGGCAUGGUGGUAUGGGGAUUGUGCCGGCUGUUGUAGCGUUUUGCCUCUUAAUGCUUUUCCUUGGGAAUUUAUUUUGAUUUUUGCUAAAGCAGCUGGUAUUAAACCGUCAACGCGGCGACGUAUAUGAUGUCGUUUAUGCGUUCCACGAUGGAUCCGUGUAGUCGGAAUCCCUGUCCACUGCAGUACGCCUGUAAGGUGGUGGCCAAUGUGUCCUUUGCGUGUAUCUACGAGCCGCUGUCCACCCUGCCCACACCCUGCACGCAGACGGUGUGUUUCAAUGGAGGAUCGUGUAUCGCGGCGUUUCCCAGUAAUAUCUGUCUGUGUCCGGUGGAGUGGACCGGGGAUGAUUGUUCGGUACGCAAUCCCAACACGGACUACACGGAAUACCACCGCGUCCAGCAGCUGCACCAUGUGGCCGUGGCUAUCGGCGUCCUGGUGACCGCGUUCCUCCUGGCCUUCCUGCUGGUACUGUGCUGUCACUGUAAAUCCUCCCGGCGGUGGACGGUCUUCAAGGAGCAGUGUAAGCAUCUCCUGGGACAGCCGCGUUCAACGGAUAUUGAGCCCAUUGUUGACAUCAGUUCGGUGCAGAAGGCCCGCUUAUGCCCGGAAGUCGUUUACUUUACGGCGGCGGCCAAUCAGGAGGAGACGGCGGGCGCCGGCACGCCGGUGAUGCAACAGUCGUAUUAUGCGGUAGAUGAGAGGCCGCCAAUUUCCAGUCUGACUGGACGACCGUUAAUAACCGGAUCGGCUUAUGCCGCUGCACAUCACAUGGAGCAUCUGCGAGUAUGAAUGCAAUUUAACAUACUUAACGGGCGAACCGGCAAAGUUUUCUUGUUGUCUAUAUUGCACCGUGUGGGCGCCACACGGAUGCUUCAAUCUGACGAGAAAUUGUUUUUUCUUCAGAAUUCAGUAUUUCAUUCAACUGCUCGCUUCUUUUUAUCGCUGCAUAUGCACAACGUAUUUAACAUCCAGUUUGUUGUAAAUACUGCAUAUUAAUAUUUCGGUUUUAUUGUGACCGUAUGAAAUUGAAC